AUGGAGGUGGUCCUCUUGACAGCCCUGAAAGAUCAGCUAAUAAGCCAGACCAUUAUCGAAACGCUCAAAUAUGCGACUACCGGCGAGCAACCACCCAACAGCAAGGGCGGUGCCUUUAUCCACGACCCGAAGCUAUGCGGAGAGAAAGAGGUCCUCGCGCAAGUCAAGCUGUCGUUCCGGUCGACGGUGGGCCAGAAACUUGUCGUCACCCGAAGCCUGCAGCUCACGAUGAAAAAAACGCAACGGUCAAUGAAGACGCUUGACGGGUCGCUCGUGAUCUACAACAACGGCGAGCGCACUGGCCUGUCUACCAAGGUUGGCGAACUGGACGAUCUCGUGCCCAACUAUCUCGGCGUCUCGCCGGCCAUCCUCGACGCCGUCAUCUUCUGCCACCAGGACGAGUCGCUGUGGCCGAUGAGCGAGCCAGCUGCGCUAAAGAAGAAAUUUGACGAGAUCUUUGAGGCUAUGAAGUACACCAAAGCCAUUGACAACCUCAAGGUUGUGCGCAAGAAGCAGGGCGAAGAGCUGCAGAAGCUGAAGAUCCUCGAGUCUAGCAGCAAGGACGCAAAAGAAAAGGGCCAGCGGGCGGAAAAGCACCUUGCCGGCCUGCAGACUCAAAUUGAGGAUCUGCGAGAGCAGGGAGAGGACCUGACGCGGCAGAUGGACGAAGUGCAGGGCCUGGCCAAGAGCCGACGCGAAGAGGCAAACUCGUUCUUCGGCAUAGUGCAGGAGCUGAAGAGCAAGCAAGACCAGUACGAGGUCAGGAACGAAACCGUCACGGAGCUGAAGGACAGCAUCGUCAAGAUGCGGACUGAAUCGGACGAGUGGCUGGAAGAGCACCUGCAGCAGUACGAGGGCAGCCUCGCGCGGCUGCAGUCGGAGAAGGAAGCGAAGACGGCCGAGCACCGCAAGCUGCAAUCCGAGCUCAGCACGGCUCGCAGCACACUGGGUGCGAAACAGGCGGAGCAGGGCAAACACCAGUCGGACAAGGAGAAGUACGAGCGGCAGCUACAGACGCGCGUGCAGAUGGUGCGCGAGGCGGCGGAGCGACACGAGGUCCGGGGCUACGAGAGCGAGGACCUCAAGGACAGCCAGGUGCAGACGUUCCUGGACCGCAUACAGAAGGUGUGGCAGGACAAGCGGCGGGACCUGGAGCGACUGCAGCGAGACAAUGCCAAGGAGCUCGAGAAGGACACGGCAGUGAUCACGGAGCUGGAGACGCGCAAGGCAGCACGGACACAGGACCGGGUGUCGGCGAAGCAGCGGAUUGCGGCGAUCGACAGGCGGAUGGCGGCGCUGCAGAGAGACAUGCAAAAUGUGGACGUGGAUGAGGGCGCGCAGGCGAUCCUGCAGUCAACGUAUGCAGACGUGGAGACGCGUCUGCGCAAGACGGCAGACGAGAUCCAAGCGGCAGCGGCGGACGUCAAGAUCGAGGAGGAGAACGGACGGAUCUGGCAGCUGGAGAGAGAGAACGAAAAGCUGACACGCGAGCUGGUGGACUGCACUCGACGCGCGUCGGACCGGGCACAACUGGACCUGCGCAAGAAGGAGCUGACGGAGCGGAAGCGACGGCUCGACACGCUGACAUCGACGUGGCAGGAGAAGCUGGCAGCAGUGAUCGGGCAGCAGUGGACGGCGGAGAGCGCCGAGGCAGACUACCAGCAGGUGAUGAAGCAGCACGUGACGACAGUGGGAGCAGCGAGGAAGAAGGUGGAGACGAGUCAGCAGGAGCUGAAGCAGGUGGAAUACCGGCUGUCGAUGAUGCGGGAACGACAGAAGAAGACGACGGCAGAGGCAGAGCGAUGUCAGAAAGCGGUAGUGUCGGUGCUGAAGGCGGUCAAAGCAAGCGGGAGCGGCGAGGACGGGGCGGUCUCGAGCGAGGCAGCAUCGAUCGACGACUACCAGGAGGAGCUGGACAACACGGAGUCGGAGAUUCUGACAGCAGAGAAAGAUAUCAGCCUGUUCGACCACCUCAAAGACUACUAUUCCAAGUCGCAAAAGGUGCUGAACCGGUUUAACAAGUGCUCACUGUGCGACCGAUCGUUUGCGGAGCAGCCACGGGAGCGGUCGAAGUUGCUCGAGAAGAUUGCCAAGAACCUGGACGACAAGCAGAAGAAGGAGCUGGAGGAGGAGAAGGACAUGCUGGAGCAGAGCCUGGGACAACUGAGGGCGGUGCGGCAGCAGCAUGACACGUACCGACGGCUAGAGUCGGAGCAACCAGGGCUGCGGGCGGAGACGGAGGCUGCAGAAAGUCAACGGGACACGCUGGUGCGACGGCUGGAAGAUGAGGACGCAGUGCUGCGGGAAGCGGAAGAGCGCCGAGCGGAGGUGGAGUCGAUGGGCAAGACGAUCGGAAGCAUAGCACAGGCGGUGCGGGAAGUGACGGAAUCGGAGCGACAGAUCGAGAAGCUCACCAGCCAGCAGCAGGCGUCAGGCUCGGGCUCUGGGUCGUCAUCGAGCGUGGAGGAGAUUCAGGAGCUACAGGCACGCUGUGGCGAACAGCUGCGAGCAGCACAGACGCGGCUGGCGAAGCUGUCGGACGAGCGACAGCGACAACGAGACGUGAUCAGCGGGCUAGAGCUGGAGCGGAGCGAGCUGAAGAACCGGAUCGCAGAAGCGGCACGACAGGCGGAACGGAAGGCAGAUCUGGGACGACAAGUGCAGACGCUGCGCGAGGAGACAGCACAACAACGCGAGGCGAUGCAGCAGGCAGAUGUGGAACUGGAGGGUCUGGUGCCGGAGAUGGCCAAGGCACGGACGAUGCGACAAGACACGCUGCAGCGAGGGCAGACAAAAGAGCGGCAGGGAGCAGCAGAGCGAGACGCGGUAGCACACACAGUCAGCGAGCUGCGGAUGUUGGAGAAGGAGAUGCAGGACUACGUGGAAGGUGGAGGAGCGGAGCGGCUGGCAGCCAACGGACGAGCAAUGGCAGCACUGGAGCAGACGAUGCGGGAGACGGAGCAAGCGGUGGAGACAGUAGCAGCAACAGUGAGCCGGAUGAGCACGGAGAUGGAUAACAGCGACCGGGAGAAGAAGAACAUUGCAGACAACCUGAGCUACCGACGCAACUCACGGCUGCUAGGCGAGCUGCGAGGACAGAUCCUGGCGCUGGAGGAACGACGGGCAGCCGACGACUACGACCGGCUGGUAGGCGAGGCACGACGGCUGGAAGUGCAGCACAGCAAGCUGCUGGCAGAGCGAAGUGCGAUCUGGGGCAGCAUGAAGACCAAGGACGAGGAGCUGCUGCGACAAUUGGACGAAUACGAGCAGGAGUACCGGGACGCGGAGCUGCGGUACCGGGAGGCGCAUAUUCGGGUGGAGACGACCAAGGCUGCGAUUGAGGAUCUCGGGCGAUAUGCAGCAGCGCUAGACAAGGCGAUUAUGGAGUACCACGCGUUCAAGAUGGAGGAGGUCAACCGGAUUGCGGGCGAGUUGUGGAGGGCGACGUAUCAGGGAACAGACAUUGACACGAUUCUGAUCCGGUCGGACAACGAGGCGGCGACAGGACGGCGCAGCUACAACUACCGGGUCUGCAUGGUCAAGCAGGACACGGAGAUGGACAUGCGUGGACGCUGUUCGGCCGGUCAGAAGGUGUUGGCCAGCAUUGUGAUCCGGCUGGCGCUGGCCGAGUCGUUUGGCGUCAGCUGCGGGCUGAUUGCGCUGGACGAGCCGACGACGAACCUGGACAGCGACAACAUCCGGUCGCUGGCAGUGUCGCUGCACGCCAUCAUCCGGGCGCGGCAGGCGCAGGCCAACUUCCAGCUGAUCGUCAUCACGCAUGACGAGGACUUUCUGCGGCAUAUGCAAUGCUCGGAUUUCUGCGAUACCUUUUACCGGGUCUCGCGGGACGACAAGCAGAACAGCGUGAUCAAGAGGGAGAGCAUAACGCGGUUGAUUGAGGGAUAG